AUGUCCGGCACAGGAGAUCACAACCGGCACGGGCCCGAGCAAAGUGCUCACUCUACGGCAAUCCCAGCAGACGAGGUGCACGCCCAAGACCGGCGCGGGUCUAGCCCCCCGGGUGCAGCAGCUGCAACCGCCUCAGGGUCGUUCGUCUCAUCCGAGGCCGAGAAACCGCAGGCGAAGCAGGAACCGGCCAAAUACCUCGUCGAGGAACAACAGCGAUCCAAUGAAGAAAGCUCGCAUGCCGCGCUCGGUCAGCCAAAGGUCUUUUGCCCUAGCAAGCAGCUCCGGGGGCUGCUGUUCAUGGGUCUGCUGCGAUGGCUCCUGACCGCGGCCAUCAUCGGCGGCCUCUACGGCGUGCUGUACCACUACUCGUCGCUUCACGUCAUGAGUCACAAGACCAAACGGCAGUUCAACGUGCUCGUCACCGGUCUCUCGAUAGCGAUGGGUCUGAGUAUCGCGAGUAGCUUGAAGCGCAUCGCCACUGAGCUUCGGUGGUGGAUUCUCAGUCGGCGCGAGAGGUCUCUGCGGGAGAUGGACAUGAUCCUUGGUAUCGAAUGCAUCACUCGAGUGAUCCAGCUGAUGUUUCAAUCAACCCGAUGGACCGUUCAUCUUACGGCAGCCGCUUGGCUGGCAAUCCACGUUGCCUCCCAAAUCGCCGUCGCAUCCCUUGCCCUGACCUAUACCGUCGACGCCGCAGAGGAGUUCGCCGUUUUCCAUCCUGGCCUGGUAUCGAUAGCGAAUAUGUCACGGCUCAUACCGCAGCGAACAGUCACCGGAAAUCCAGACACUCUUGGGGCAUUGCAGUACGGUGCAAACAGCUACGGCACGAUAGCCCUCGGCUUCAACAUCAACGCCCCGUUCAAUACUACCCAAGACCCUGGCGAGCUCUGGACCACCGAGUCUCCUCUCGUGUACUGCGGUCCGCCCGAGGCCUACUGCGAGACCAUCCUCCUCGACAGCGCGCCCAACCCGGCCGACAACAUCGUCGUCGUCACGAACCGCCGCAUCCGCACGACGACGGUGUGCAAAGCCUUCCCCGUGAUCAGCGGCGGCAACGGCAGCACCCUGUCCAUCAACGUUACCGAGCAGGACGGCGGCAGGGUCAACAGCGUCGGCAUCCCCAUCGCCGGCGGCGCCGACCAGACGACCUACAUGACCAACGACUACGACCACUGCGGGCCCUCGUGCAGCGUCGUCUACGCCUUCGAGGCGUCGGCCACGGACCCCUGGUUCUACGAGUGCAACGUGACCAUCGGCAACGUGACCAACGCGAGCCUGCCCGAGCAAAACGUCGGCACGAACCUGACGUCCAUGGCCUCGGCCGCCAUCGCGCUACAGGGCUACGCCGCCUCGUCGCUGACGCUGGACCCGCGCCUACAGUACCAGAUGUACCCGGCCGAGUCGGUCUACGGCUCCCCGAGCCACGGCGACCCGGAGGACCAGGGGCUGACGAUCUCGCUCUUCACGACGGGCGUCCUGGCCGUGGCCGGCUUCAUCAACCCCAAGGUCAACGUCACGGGGAUGACGCCGAGCUCGGGCACGACGCUCAACGUGGGCCACUGGCCGUUCGUGCACCUGAUCCUGUGCCUGUCGGCGGGCAUCCAGCUCGUCCUGGCCGUCGGGGGCGCGCUCAUCGCCAACAGGGUCGUCGUCCAGGACGACAGCCACCUGGUGGCGGCGCACCUGCUCCGGCGCGUCGUCGACAAGGUCGGGGACGGCAACAGCAUGGCGUCGGGCAAGGAGAUGGCGGAGCUGGCGAGCACCUCUGGGGCCAAGUUCUCGUACGGAGCGGAGAAGCUCGAGGGGCGGGACGUCUACCGGCUGCGCAUUGAGCCUGGCAAGCCGAAUCGGCAUUUCCCGAAGGGCAAAUAUGAUUGA